AUGGCUGGAGGUAAAGCUGGUAAAGACUCUGGCAAAGCCAAAGCGAAAGCCGUGUCUAGAUCUGCUCGAGCUGGAUUACAGUUUCCAGUCGGAAGAAUCCACCGGCACUUAAAAAACAGAACGACCAGUCACGGGCGAGUCGGAGCAACCGCAGCGGUUUAUUCCGCCGCUAUUCUCGAAUAUCUCACAGCAGAGGUAUUGGAGUUAGCUGGCAACGCUUCUAAGGAUCUUAAAGAGGUGGUGUUAUUCCCCACAUUCACAAGUCUCUUAUUGGCAAAAAAGGUGGACCAGGGGCACCCGUUUAAUACAUACAAAUAG